CUACCAACUAACGACUCCUUUGCUGCUAUCUUAGACUGUGUUAGCAUCUAUUUAGAAAAUUAUUUUAACAUUCGAAAUCGCUAUCAAUCGUCAUUCUUCUCAUUUUUAUCUGAAGAGUACGCUAAAUAUUGCUUAGUUAAAAGUAAAAAACAAACAGAGUUUGUCUCUACGACCUUUUCUUUUUCUCGGUUGAUUAUAAAAACCGGUGCCUAUGUCACGCGUCAGUUUCAGAUUUCUUUUGUUUAAAAUAAUAGUGAGACACGCAAAAAUGUGAUGGAGUAUGGGUACUAGCACCGUCUUCCUUUUUCCUGCCAUCACUAUUCCCAAACGUUUCCCCCGUAGGGCUGCGCAUCAGCGACCGAUCGCCACGUCGUCGUCGGCCGCGGGGAAAAGAUCGAAUCUACUACACAAACGGCCGCACGCGAACGACGUCGAGACGACGGAGCCGCUAGCCAAGACUGCGCGAUUGUGGAAUCACCCCGGGAGAAUGAGUGCAAACGAGACUCUGAAUAUGUUUCAAGCAACCUCGACGUCCUGUCUCGAACUGUGCGCAUCGGGCGGACAAAGUGCGGAUGAGACGCAAGCUACAGGACUGUCAUCACCGUGUGUCUAUCCUUUGGAAGUGAAUGUAGAUUUAGUUGAUCCCGGUGGGUACGGAUCGGACGCGAUUUAAUAUUCGCUCGCGGAAAAUUUCAAGUCAAUUUGUACUAUUUUAAUCUCAUUGUUAUUCGACUCAUUAUAGAUUUCAUUAUAUAGAAUAUA